CAGGGUUGGGCUCUUUUGCAGCUGUAUCUCGUAGUGUCUUUUUCUGGAUCUGAGGAGCCAGUGUGCAGGUACAGAGGCGAUCCUGACAGUCCCCUUUUGUCCCAGGAUGGGGACAUUAUGUUGGGGGGGAUUUUCUCUUUUCACAGCAGCUGGAAAGAUCGACAAAAUACCUACAUGCAUCAACCACUGCCACUGCAGUGCACCAGUUUGAAUUUCAGAGCUUUUCAAUUUGCCCAGACGAUGUUAUUUGCCAUUGAGGAGAUUAACAACAGCUCAGAUAUACUGCCUGGCACCUCUCUGGGCUACAAAAUGUAUGAUACUUGUGGUUCCGUUGCCAGAAGUGUAAAGGUUUCAUUGGCUGUGGCAAAUGGUAUUGAGGUUGAACCUGCAUUCUUUGAGGCACCGUGCAUGAGACCCGCUCAGGUGCAAACCAUCAUGGGAGAGACCUCCUCAUCACCUUGGAUGGCAGUAGCAACAGUCAUUGGACCAUUUUACAUCCCGAUGAUCAGCCAUUUUGCCACAUGUGCUUGUCUCAGUGAUAAAACAAAAUACCCAUCCUUUCUCAGAACCAUACCCAGCGACUACUACCAGAGCAGAGCCCUGGCUCAUUUGGUUAAACACUUUGGAUGGACUUGGGUUGGAGCGAUUAGAACCAAUGAUGAUUAUGGCAAUAAUGGCAUGGCUACUUUCACUGAAACGGCACAGCAGCUGGGAGUCUGUCUGGAAUAUUCUGUUCCGUUUUACAGAACAGAUUCAGAAGACAGAAUCCAAAAAAUUAUUGAGGUUAUUAAAGCUUCCACCUCCAAGGUUAUCGUUGCCUUCAUGUCUCAUUUGGACAUGGAUGUGCUGAUACAUGCAUUAUCUCAAUACAACCUGACUGGAUACCAGUGGGUCGGCAGUGAGGGCUGGAUCUUAGAUUCCCAAACUGCAGCCCUGGAUAGAUAUCACAUCCUGGAUGGGGCCAUUGGCCUUUCGAUCCCCAAAGCACAUGUAACCGGUCUGAAAGAGUUUAUAUUGGAUAUAAAGCCAUUCAAUUCAUCAAAUAGCAAAUUGUUCACAGAGUUCUGGGAGACAUUAUUCAACUGCAGGUUUAAGAAGUCAGAGUCAUCAGCAGGAGCUGACAGAGAGUGUACCGGACAUGAAGAUCUGACUGGAGUUCAAAACAGCUUCACUGAUAUGUCUCUGAUGCCCAUUUUCAACAAUGUCUAUAAAGGAGUGUAUGCUGUGGCUCAUGCACUUCAUAAAAUACUCAGCUGUAAAAAGACAUGUAACAACACAGUGAAACUAGAGCCAUUCACGAUUCUACAGAACAUUAAAAAUAUUCACUUCAAAACAAAGGAAGGAGAUGAGGUCCACUUUAAUGAAGAUGGAGACCCACCAGCAAGGUAUGAAAUCAUAAACUGGCAACCAAGAGAAAAUGACGCCGUGGACUUUGUCACAGUCGGCCUUCAUGAUGCAUCGCUGCCUCCUGAUAAACAGCUGGAUCUGCAAAGUGACUCUAUAAUUUGGGUACAAAACUCACCGCAGGUGCCCGUGUCAGUUUGCAGUGAAAAGUGUCCUCCAGGAACACGGAAAGUUCUGCAGAAAGGAAAGCCUGUCUGCUGCUACGACUGUGUUCAGUGUGCUGAUGGAGAAAUUAGCAAUACCACAGAUUCAUUCACCUGUGUGAGAUGUCACCCUGAGUUCUGGUCAAAUGAGAGAAGAGAUGCCUGCAUAAAGAAGGAGGCUGUGUUUCUAUCAUAUGAAGAGAUUAUGGGCGCCCUGCUCACUGCAGCAUCUUUAUUUGGAACGUGCAUGACUGCUGCUGUGGCUUUCAUUUUCUUCAGAUACAGAAAAACUCCCAUAGUCAGGGCCAACAACUCUGAGCUGAGCUUCCUGCUGCUCUUCUCUUUGACUCUGUGCUUCCUGUGCUCUCUGACCUUCAUCGGCCGGCCCUCCGAGUGGUCCUGCAUGCUGAGACACACGGCGUUUGGCAUCACCUUCGUCCUCUGUAUCUCCUGUGUGCUGGGGAAGACUAUGGUGGUGUUGAUGGCCUUCAGGUCCACACUCCCAGGCAGUAAUGUGAUGAAAUGGUUUGGGCCUGCACAGCAGAGACUCAGCGUCCUGGGUUUCACUCUGAUACAAGUGAUCAUAUGUAUCCUCUGGUUAACAAUUUCUCCUCCUUUCCCAUUUAGGAAUUUUAGGGAAUUUAAGGACAAAAUAAUCUUGGAGUGUGCUCUGGGCUCACCUGUAGGUUUCUGGGCUGUUCUCGGCUACAUUGGACUUUUGGCCAUUUUGUGCUUCAUCUUUGCUUUCCUGGCUCGGAAACUGCCUGAUAAUUUCAAUGAAGCCAAAUUCAUCACCUUCAGCAUGCUGAUAUUCUGUGCAGUGUGGAUCACCUUCAUCCCGGCUUAUGUCAGCUCUCCUGGGAAGUUCAGUGUUGCUGUGGAGAUUUUUGCUAUUCUGGCUUCCAGUUUUGGACUGCUGAUUUGUAUUUUUGUCCCAAAAUGUUAUGUAAUCUUACUGAAACCAGAGAAGAACACAAAAAAGAAUAUAAUGGGGAAGGGGGCACCAAAGUCAAACUGA